AUGAAGCAGAGAUUUUCGUCACUGGAUGUCAAGGUCAUCUCCCACGAGCUCGCCGAAGCCCUCGUGUCCUUGCGCCUCUCCAACAUCUACGACCUCAACUCCAAGAUUCUCCUACUUAAAUUUGCCAAGCCCGACAGCCGACAGCAGCUUCUCAUAGAGUCCGGGUUCCGCUGUCACUUGACCGAUUUCGCCCGUGCCGCCGCUCCCGCCCCAAGCCCGUUCGUCUCGCGUCUGCGCAAGUUCCUCAAGACACGCCGAGUCACCGGCGUCUCGCAAAUUGGCACGGACCGCAUCAUCGAAUUUCAGUUUAGCGAUGGUGCAUACCGCCUCUACCUUGAGUUCUUUGCCAGCGGGAAUGUUAUCUUGACAGAUGCCGACCUCAAAAUUCUCGCCCUAUUGAGGAACGUCCCGGAGGGUGAAGGGCAGGAACCCCAGCGAGUGGGCUUGACGUAUACGCUGGAGAACAGGCAGAAUUCUGGAGGUGUUCCGCCCCUGACGAAAGAACGCCUCCGAGAUGCUCUCAGGACGGCGGCGGCAUUAGCCGCUGCCAAAAAGACCAAGAAAAAGGGAGCCGAUGAGUUGAGACGAGGUCUUGCGACGACAAUAACCGAACUGCCACCAGUUCUGGUCGACCAUGUCUUUCGUCUCACUAGCUUUGACGCCGCCAUCAAGCCGGCUGACGUUCUGGACAACGAGUUGUUGCUCGACGCACUGUUCCACUCACUCGAACGGGCCCGUUCGAUCCUCGACGAAGUUACCAGCUCGCCUACCUCGAAAGGGUACAUCAUUGCGAAGCCCAAUCCACGGGCCACGGAACAGGUUGAUGUUGGCGAGCAGGAACAGAAAAACCAGCCACAGAACCUGCUCUAUGAGGAUUUUCAGCCAUUCUUGCCGAAGCAGUUCGAGGACGACCCGAGCUGCCAACUAUUAUCAUUUGAGGGCUACAAUAAGACGGUCGACGAAUUUUUUUCUUCGCUUGAGGGCCAGAAACUUGAGUCGCGCCUGCAAGAACGCGAAGCCACGGCCAAACGGAAACUUGAAGCUGCGCGUCGCGACCAGGCUCAGCGAAUCGAGGGCCUUCAGGGGGCGCAGAUGCUGAACCUGCGUAAGGCCGCGGCCAUUGAGGCUAAUAUCGAAAGGGUCCAGGAGGCAAUGGAUGCCAUCAAUGGCCUGCUUCAGCAGGGCAUGGACUGGGUGGACGUGAAUAAGCUAGUCGAACGGGAGCAGAAACAGCACAAUCCUGUCGCCGAGAUUAUUAAGCUUCCCAUGAGACUCAGCGAGAACAUCAUAACACUUUUGCUCGGCGAGGAGGAAGAAGAAGAAGCCGAGGCUGAAGACAAGAUGGAUUUUGACUACGACACGGAUGAAGAACCUGCCGAAGAUGCCGUGGUGGAGAAAGACAAGGGACCAGACAAGCGGCUUGCCAUCGAUAUCAACCUGAAGCUUAGCCCGUGGAUUAACGCCCGGGAGUACUACGAGCAAAAGCGCACAGCGGCCGAAAAACAGCAAAAGACGAUUCAGCAAGCUGAAAUUGCCCUCAAGAAUGCAGAGCUCAAGAUUACCGAGGACCUCAAAAAGGGCCUAAAGCAGGAGAAACCGGUACUGCAGCCCAUCCGGAAGCAGAUGUGGUUUGAGAAGUUUAUCUGGUUUAUUUCCUCAGACGGCUAUCUUGUGCUCGGUGGCCGGGAUGCCCAACAGAACGAGAUUCUUUACAAGCGGUACCUCAGGAAAGGCGACGUUUAUGUUCACGCCGACAUGCACGGCGCGGCUUCCGUCAUCAUCAAGAACAACCCCAAGACGCCAGAUGCCCCUAUCCCGCCUUCAACACUCGCUCAAGCUGGCAGCUUGUCGGUGUGUUGCUCCAACGCGUGGGAUUCCAAGGCAGCAAUGGGCGCCUGGUGGGUGAAUGCCGACCAAGUUUCCAAGUCGGCGCCAGCUGGGGAAUAUCUGCCCGUGGGCUCGUUCAUGGUCCGGGGAAAGCGCAACCUGCUUGCGCCAGCGCUGCUGAUGCUUGGCUUCGGGUUGAUGUUCAAGAUAUCCGAGGAGAGCAAGGCCAAACACGUCAGGCAUAGGUUGUACGACGCUGCAGACAUCAGCACGACUGGUGCCGCGUCCGUCAGUGCGACCGCAGAGAUGGAAAGCGGUGCCGCCUCUGACAAGGAAGAAAACCUCAUGGCGGGCAGCGACGAAGAGGGAGACAAUGACCAAGAGAAGAGGACAAACCCUCUGCAACCGGGUGGACCGGAUCAGGCAGAGCUUGAACCCCCACCGGAAAAGGAUGUCGAGCCGCCAACUGAGGAAUUGGCGCGCCUCGGGGUCGAUCCAGAGGCAUCUGCACCUACCACGGAAACUGAGGAACAUGACCACCAGCCCGGGGCUGCCGAAGAAGACGAUGCCGAAGCAGCCGGCGAGGAAGAACAACCCUCUGCGCCGCCGUCAACCACAACGCCGUCCAACACACGCCCCAACACACCCUCUACUUCCACCAUUCAAAAGAAACAACCCCCCUUGAAGCGCGGCCAGCGCGGCAAGGCAAAGAAGAUGGCCGCCAAAUACAAGGACCAAGACGAAGAAGACCGCGCCCUGAUGGAAGAACUUCUGGGCGUCGCCGCGGCGCGCCAAAGAGCUGAGGCCGAGGCCGCCGCCAAGCGCCAGCGCGAAGCUGAGGCUGCCGCCGCCCGCGAGCGCCGCCGCCAGGCGCAGGAGCGCGCCAAGAAGCAGAUUGCGGAGCACGAACAAAUACGCCAGCUCAUGCUCCAGGAGGGCGUCGUCGAUGAUCUCCUUGACGAUACCGCCGAGCAGGCCAUCAUGGAACUGGGCCCGCUGGACGCGCUCGUCGGCACACCGCUGCCGGGAGACGAGAUCCUGGAGGUGGUGCCCGUGUGCGGGCCGUGGAAUGCCAUGGCGAGGGUCAAGUACAAGGCGAAGUUGCAGCCGGGGCAGGUGAAGAAGGGGAAGGCGGUCAAGGAGAUUGUGGAGCGGUGGAGGAUGGCGGCGGCGGCUGGGAAUAAGAAAGGGGGGGUGGUGGAUGAGAAGAGCCAGGAUGUUGAGAAGAUGUGGCCCAGGGAGGUGGAGCUUAUCAAGGGGUUGAAGGUUGAAGAGGUGUUCAAUGUUGUGCCCGUUGGGAAAGUAACCAUCAUGAUGUCCGGGGGAACGGUAGGCGGUGGAUCGGGUGGGAAGAGUGGGGGGAAGGGAGGAGGUGGUGGGGGACAGAAGGGCGGGAAGGGGGGAAAGAGUGGAAAGAGAAAGUAG